CUGGGAAAAUUACAAAGGCGAGGGGGAGGGUUUCCUGUGGCCUCUGGGAGGGGUUCUGUCCCAGUCUCCAUCCAGAGCCUGCCCGAUCUCUCAACCACUCUCGGGGAAAAGAAAACUCCGGGAAACUUUCCGCAGAAGUUUCGCAGGAGCGAGAAGCCGCCGGGCGGAGGGGGGGUUUGCGCUCUCGGGAGGACCUGGCCAUCUCUUUCCCCCUUUCGCCGGGGGCUGACAUUCCUGUGGGCGAAUCUCCAGCAGAAGGAAGGGAACCAUGUUCAGCUGGAUGAAGAAGAACGAGAAGAAGACCCCCGAGGUGAUCCACACCGUGACCGAGGGACUGAAGCGGCUCUACAAGAGCAAACUCCUGCCGCUGGAGGAGUUCUACCGCUUCCAUGACUUCCACUCGCCCUCCCUCGAGGACGCGGACUUCGACAACAAGCCCAUGAUCCUGGUGGUGGGUCAGUAUUCCACCGGGAAGACCACCUUCAUCCAGUACCUGUUGGAGGAGGACUUCCCCGGGAGCAGGGUGGGGCCCGAGCCCACCACCGACUCUUUCAUCGCCGUUAUGCACGGCGACGUGGAGAGUGUGAUCCCGGGCAACGCGCUCAUGGUGGAUCCCAACAAACCCUUCCGAAAGCUCAAUCCCUUCGGGAACUCCUUUCUCAACAGGUUAACGUGUGCCCAGCUGCCCAACAAGGUGCUGGAGAGCAUCAGCAUCAUCGACACCCCGGGGAUUCUGUCGGGAGCCAAGCAGAGGGUGAGCAGAGGUUACGAUUACCCGGCGGUUCUGCAGUGGUUCGCUGAGCGAGUGGACCGCAUCAUUCUGCUCUUCGACGCCCACAAGCUGGAGAUCUCGGAUGAGUUCUCGGAGGCAAUCCGAGCUCUGAAGGGCAACGAGGACAAGAUCCGCGUGGUGCUGAACAAGGCCGACCAAGUGGACACCCAGCAGCUGAUGAGGGUCUACGGGGCCCUCAUGUGGUCCCUCGGCAAGGUCAUCAACACCCCUGAGGUCCUCCGGGUCUACAUCGGCUCCUUCUGGUCCGAGCCGCUCCUCAUUUCCGACAACCGGAAGCUCUUCGAGCUGGAGGAACAAGACCUCUUCCAGGAUCUCCAGAACCUGCCCAGGAACGCGGCCCUAAGGAAGCUGAAUGAUCUGGUGAAAAGAGCAAGGCUUGUGAGGGUCCAUGCCUAUAUCAUGAGCUACCUGAAGAAGGAGAUGCCGUCUGUGUUCGGGAAGGAAAAUAAGAAGAAGCAGUUGAUUUCGAAACUGGGGCAUAUAUUCGCCAAGAUCCAGUUGGAGCAUCACAUCUCUCCAGGAGACUUUCCAGACUGCACAAAAAUGCAGGAGCAGCUGAUGGUCCAUGAUUUCACCAAGUUCCCCUCGCUCAAGCCCAAGAUGAUGGAGUCACUAGAUGACAUGAUGACGUAUGAGAUUGCCAAGCUGAUGCCUCUGGUGAGGCAGGAGGAGCUGGGGAUGCCGGAACAGAUGGUGCACGGUGGAGCAUUUGACGGGACCUCCAACGGACCCUUCAUCGAAGGGAUCGGGGACGGGGUCUACGAGUUGACGGACGAAGACGAGUGGGUCGUCACGAAGGACAAGCCGAAGUAUGAUGAGAUCUUCUACAACCUGUCGCCCACCGACGGGAAGAUCAAUGGAGUGAAGGCCAAGAACUGGAUGAUCACCACCAAGCUGCCAAACUCCGUCCUCGGCAAGAUCUGGAAACUCUCUGACGUUGAUAAGGAUGGGAUGCUGGAUGACGAGGAGUUUGCCUUGGCCAGCCACCUCAUUGAGGUCAAGCUGGACGGCCACGGGCUGCCCAAUGAGUUGCCAGGUUACCUGGUCCCCCCAUCCAAGAGGAGGCAGGUGGGAUCGGCUGAGUAACCUCUGCACAGGAAACACUUGGGGGUCUUCUGCUUGAUGAGUGUAUUACUGGUUGCUGCAGGCUGAGGGAAGGGCGAAGGUGAUUGGCCUUUGUGGAAACAGGUGACUGAUAAACAGAUCCUCGGGCUUAUUCUGGAUCCGUGUUGAUUCCAGACUGUCUCCAGGAUCAUGGGUUCCCUUUGCAAAGCUACACACUGUUGUUUAAAACCCCAUUCGUGCAUCAAGCGAAGACUCUGGUGUAAGGUGGGUAAAGGGUUAAGGGUGCCCUCACCCCCACAGCCCAGAGACCAUUUCCACAGCUCCCUCCCACAUCUUGCUUGGCCGCUCCUCUGCACUUUAUCACGGAUACACUUGUGGCCCCAAAGUUCUUUUGCACAUUUCUAAUUGAUUCUGGUUCCUGAGAGCCUUCCACAAGCCAUCUUAGCCCUGACUCUGCUGUGUAGAUCAGUCACUGAGGUUGCCCCGAGGGAAUUUAGAAACCGAGGUGUCCAUUGGUUUACCUCCCGUCAACCCGGUAACUGAGAGGGUCUUGGCCUCCCACACCAAACUGGGAUCAUGUUCCUUGUUGUGUGUGACGCCAGCUCUCAGCAAUUCUCAUCUAGUGCUGCUGCAGUGGCUUAGCCUGAAGUGGAGGCCAAGGUUAAACAUCAACACAAAGUCAGAAUUCUGCUGCAAAUCCUGAAACUGAUACAUAAAUCAUUGAGAAAGCAGCAAAUCAGGCCUGUACAGGCACCUCCCAGUCCCCACCCAGCUAAUAGGAGUCACCCGCUACUCGUUCCCAACCCAUCACCUGCAGCCUAUUAAACACAGCGCUCAUCCACGGUCCUUGUCCACCCAUCGACCCAGCCAGCCUCAACCAGUUACUCCUAACCUUCAGUUACCUUGUUGCCUCGUCGUGUUUAAGUAUCCCUUCUCUCUUGUUUUGGCUUUGUUAUUUUGCAGUUAAUUAUUAAAGCGAUCGCUCACCGCUGAAUCAUGUCCACUGCUCUAUGUUUGGGUCAAGCCUCCUGUGCAUUUCCUGAUACGGUGUGUGUCCAACACCAAGAGAGUUGACGUUUCAGACCAGUGACUGCUCUAUCAGAGUAACACACACACACACACACACACACACACACACACACACACACAUCUAUGAGGGAAAUGGACAGUCGACAUCUCGGGUCAAAGGUCAAGCUAUUUUGUCAGGACUGACCCAAAAUGUCGACCAUCUUGACCCACUGAAUUCUUCCUUGGCUUUGUGUGUUGUCCCAUGUUCCAGCAUCUACGCUCUCUGGUGUUCCCGCCUCUGUCAGAACUCUCUAAGGAAGGGCCAUCACCCUGAAAUGUCAAUUCCCUCUCCCUCCUCAGAUGCUGCCCAACCUGAUGAGUUCUCCGAUAUCCACUGUUAGUUCACUGCUGCGCCUUGAAUUCUUCAAUCUCUCCUUUCUCCAAAGCUGAAGACCUGGCUUAUUUGACCCUCGGCUGUGGUUCUGCCCUGACAUCCUCACAGUCUGUUCUCCACCCACCCCGUGUAAGCAGAAAAGAGUAUAUUCUUUCCCAAGCAUCUAGCACUAACUUACUUAAACUGCCCAUUACGUUUAGGGCAGCAGUGAAGGUCCUCCAUCUCUGGUGGUGUUCAGGGCUUCCUUCAUCAUGUCAGUAGCUUCCUCUCAGUUUUCACUACUGUCAGUCAUGCAAAUCCUGGCUGGAGACUCAGGAAUACCAUCACACUCAGAAGCACAAGGAUUCUUCAUUGCUGUUUCCAUAACAGUUCUGUUUUGCCAGUCAGGUUGUUAGCCCUGAGACUAGAGAGCCGGUGGACCACCCUUUGACUGACCUCUACCCUUUGACCUGUUUGGCAUGGGUGACCCUACCAAGAACCAAGGCAUAAAGCCCUGACUCCAGCCAAUGUAUCUCUCCAGGUCAGUCCAGCCUAAAGUGCUGCGUUAUGUUCGUGUAUAUCAAGGUUCGAAGUUGGAGAUUUCAUGUCUUGCCCAUGUGCAUGCUCGUCUGUCAGUGUAGAGAUUUUAAGAAUUUCCACUGCUGGUUUUGGUUGAGAUCAUCAGGACUUUACCCUCGAGGGUAGUAUGUAGUGAAGAGUGAGGGAACACCGACCUGUUUUCAUAAACCCUACGGCCAUGAGUCGUGGUGGAGAUGAUGUUCACAGUGAACAAAGUCAAUGCAUCACCAUUGGCUUCUCCAGUGUGACAUCACACAUCAUCACCGCUUGGUACGGAUUAUAGAGAGAGGGACAGAGGCCUUCCGUCGGUCGGGGUCGACCGUGGAUGUUGUGACCCAGCUGUCUAAAUAACACGUAAGCCAGGGCUGUACGAUAGCAGGCCGUUGCCCACGCAGCAAGCCCCCCCUCUCCACGCAGCUGAUGAAUCCAAAGGAAUGGCAGACACCGAUAAGCCCCAUCUGUCCAAAGCAACUGGUUUUAAGGCACCAGUAAUCCGCCUUUGCCUCUACUCCUGUCAGUAGAAAUGGUUCUGCAGGGCUUAGUGGCUAAACCACAUUUGAAGGCCAGGAGCUGCACUUGGUUGUCAGAGGCUAUUUGAGGUGCACACCAUUGGGAACAUUUAGUAAGUAGUGAGAGCUGGUCCCCAUUACCAGCCCCCAGCUAUAAUAACCUUAAAGAACCAUACUGUAGAACGUAGAUCAAUACAACACAAUACAGGCCCUUUAGCUUACAAUGUUGUGCCAACUAUUUAUGCUACUCCAAGAGCCAAUCUAACCCUUCCCUUCCAUUUUUCUAUCAUCCAUGUGUCUAGCUACAAGUUUCUUAACUGUCCCUAAUGUCUCUGCCUCUACGACCACCCCUGGCAGGGUGUUCCACACACCCACCACUCUCUGUGUAAAAAAAAACUACCUCCGACAACUCCCCCUACACUUUCCUCCAAACACCUUCAAAUUAUCCCCCCUUGUAGUAGCCAUUUCUGCCCUGGGGAAAAGUCUCUGGCUACCCACUUUACCCAUGCCUCAUACACCUCUAUUGAGUCAGCUCUCAGCCUUCUACACUCCAAAGGGAAAAGCCCUAGCUCACUCAACCUAUCCUCAUAAGACAUGCUCUCUGAUCCAGGCAGCAUCCUGGUAAAUCUUCUCUGUACUCUCUCUCGAAAGCUUCCAUAUCCUUCCUAUAAUGGGGCGACUAGAAUUGAACACAAUGCUCCAAGUGUGGUCUAUCUAGAGUUGUAUUGAGCUAACCAGGGAUUUAGAGAGUUGCAACAUUACCUCUUGAAUUCAGUACCCCGACUAAUGAAGGCCAACACACCACAUGCCUUCUUAAUCUUACAUUGCCUUGAGUGUUAAGCUUUUGGACCUCCUGUCUUUAAUUGGAAGAGGUGAUUUCCAUUUCCUCACUCCUGCCACUUUCUCCCAAACCCUUUUAUUAUCUCUGGGACCACCAGUUCUCCCAGCUGGGGCAGGAUCUGAGCCGUACAAUUCCCCACAGUUAUCGAUGUUCUAGUAAGCAGCAAAUGGACACAUCCAACAAGGGUCAUCUUGGGAAUGAAAAGGUUAACACAUGAAGAGCGUUUGAUAGGUUUGGGCGUAUAUUUGCUGGAGUUUAGAAGAAAGCAGUGGAAUUUCAUUGAAACCUAUCGAAUAUAGUGUGGAAGUGGAGAGGAUGUUUGCUGUAGUGAGGGAGUCUCGGAUCAGAGGGCACAGCCUGAGAAUACAAGAAUUUCCCUUCAGAACAGAGAUGAGGAGGAAUUUCUUUUGCUACAGGGUGAUGAAUCUGUGGAAUUCAUUCCGCAGGUGGCUGUGGAAGCCAAAUCAUUGAGUAUGUUUAAAGCAGAUGUUAAUAGAUUCUUGAUUAGUCAGGAUGUUAAAGGUUACGUGGAGAAGGUAGGAGAAUGGGGUUGAGAGAGAUACUAAAUCAGCCAUGGUGGAAUGGCAGAGCAGACUCAAUGGGCUGAAUGGCCUAAUUCUGCUCCUAUGUCUUAUUUAUCAGGGUCACCACCUCCACAUGGACCAGCCUCCCAUUGUCCUUUUCCUCACUGGCCCACCAUUGGUUGCCUGAGGCUCCAUGCCACCCCACCUCCCAGGCUUCUACCAUUGGCUCCUCUACAGCCAACUGGAAAACCAGCUUCCUUCAUCGUUAUCCAAUUAUACGACAGCUGUCAUUUUAUGCUGUUUUCCAUUUGUUUCCCCAAAUAUAUUUUACUAGUAACUUUCAAACUAAUGAAUAUUUUAAAAGCCCUAAUAAAUGUUCUGCAGUCUUAGCUCUUGACUGUGAUUACUCCCAGACUUGACUAAAGUUGAAGGACAAUCGAGGCCAUUCAGCCCAUCAAAUCAAUGCCAACCAAAAAAAUUAACUCUUGGUUUGAAGCCUGUAGUCCACAGCUCAGCAGCUUCCCACCUGGGUUCCUUUAAUGUAUUGAAUGGGCUUCUCCAACACUUUCUCAGUCUGUGAGCCCCAGAUCUGCCUGGAAUAAUGGGAAAUCCUUACACACCCGUUCCCCUGCCCCUCACUCGUCCAGCACUCACAUUAAAUCUCUGCUCCCUGCACAGGAGUUGCGAACUCCCAGAGAGCAGGUCGGUUCAGUGGGGAGUUUCAGAUGGUUCAGUUUAAUCUCAGGGAAUGUAUACAGUAUGCACCCUGAAAUUCUUACUCCUCGCAGACAUCCACGAAACAAAAAAAAAACAAAGAAUGAAUGACGGAAACAUCAGAACCCCAAAGGACCGCUCCCCGCACACAAGUGGCAUCAAAGUUCCCCUUCCCCUCCUCCCACUUGAACCCAGCAAAAGCACCGACCCCCCCCACUCCAUGCAAGCAAUAGCAAAAGCCCCCCAAAGAGUCCUAGAUCUCAUUCACCAAAAACUACACUCCACAAACCAAAACCAGGAUCCCAGACAAGCUCUCUCUCUCCUUCAUCAGAGAGGGGUCGCUCCUGCAACAACAAGAGCAGAGGCCAGCAGCCCACUGCUCCAAUGUUCCAAUCUUCCGCAUCCCUUCUCCGGACCCCCGCCCGCCGCCAGCCACAGGAUUUAAGGAGAAUGACGAGUAAAAUGUAAAUAGUAAAUGUUGUGCCAAGCAGUCCGACUAUUCUUCCUCUUCCCCGGCCCAUCGGCCCUACCGGGACGUAGGCUGCCGACAAGCAGCUCACCGGCGUCCUCUGUGCUGGGCCGAGAGAAGACUUCAGCUUUCGCCACAUGACUUCAUCUGUCUUCCAGGCGAAGAUCCUUCCUCUCCCAGGAGAGGAGGUCUUCGGAGCUUCUGUCGGCAGUGCUGUAGUCCCACUGUUAGGGAGCGCUAAUGUUUAACAGUCCAGUUUAUCUUAUAGUCAGUAAAGUAUAUUUCACCGAGUAAUGGCAACAUUUCACCCUCUGUGCACAGGAUGAUGAACACUCGCUCUGUCUUUGUGUUAUAAGAUUUUUUACUCAUUGGAUAUUCUGCCUGAUCUGAUUUAUAGUUUUAUUACAAUGUAUCUUACGUAAUUGGAUUCUGAAAUAAAACAAGCCUUGU